AUGCCGUCGGAAAAAUACCAGACUGACAAUCCAAACUCUCACUACCUAGCCAACAUCAACACCCUCAAUGGCACCAACCAGGCAAUUUCAUUAAACCGACUUCCAACUCUUGGAGAAAUUCUUGCCAAUCGUACAAAGACUCCAGUGGACCUUUUCACGUUUUACCUUUUCAUGCGAGAUGUGGAGUAUAAAGUGGAUUAUCUCGACUUUUGGUUCGAUUUAGUCAACCAUCUCAAUCUCUGUAAACACUACGUUAAGGGACUUCGUGAUAGCAUUGUCCGUCAUUCGUACCCAGAUCAAAGAAACUCCAUCCCCAUCCUGGAAAAAUCAAAGCACAAAUCGCUUUCGUCAUCGAUACUUCUUGACCUCAUCAUCAACGACCAUAUAUUGGAAGAUAAUGAUUCCAACAGACUCUCUCAAUUUUUACGAGGCGAUAUCAACAUCGACAAUCUCGAUCCAAAACUCCAGGACUUGAUCAACCAGUAUAAUCGGGAGGAAGGCGGUUCAGAAUCCGGCGUAAGAACCAGUAACGCAUACAGUGAAAAGGAAAAACCGUCUAAUUAUGCCAACAGAAGUCUUCAUGACUUGACUCCACCCACGCCGCUGCAACCCAGUUUCUACGAGUAUGGUAAAAAUCCCAACCAUCAGAAACGAAUUUCGUCCAAUUCCAAAUUGUUGGACGAUGUUAGUUUCAGCGACUCGAUUGUAGAAGCUCAAGAAAUCAACCACAGAGACACUUUUGGCCUGAAACCUCGCUACGUUCCACUCGAGCAACCACAACGAAUCUCGUCGAUCAAUCCGCUGUUGUUGGAACGCCUUAUCAAACAUUCGCCAGGCGGAUCUGAAACAAAUUCUUUUAUCACCAGAGACAACCUUAAAGAGUCUACCCACUCUCUCCUACUCAAGUACUUUGUUGAGGACUCUGAAAAGAACCUUAAUUUACCCCCAUCGCUCAACCAAAAGAUUAUACGUGCCAUUGAGGUGGAAGGCAGAGACGACCCUGACAUUUUCAACGAGGUAAAAGCAUACGUCUUCAAUCGCAUUGAAAGCGAGCAUCUUCCUCGCUUCCUCAACUACAUGGCCAUUCGGAACGUCAACACCUCAUUUAUCACAAGAGUAAUUCUAGGGUUCUUCAUGCUACUCAUUGGGUUCUGGGUGGGGUUCAUAUUCAUCUUCUUGAACUACCGUAAAUCCUUAAGGCCGGUAGUUUUGGUACCGUUCUUGAUUGGUUUCUACUGUUUGGUGCUGCUGGUUUAUUUAAUUGACCCAAUUUUGGUGUGGUUUGGAUUAUCGGAAUCGUUUAGCAGCAAGCAAAGUUACUUUAUACGAAUCCGUGAAAACUUUAUACGUCGGUUGCUCGUCAAAAGAAGCGCAUGGGUGAUGUUUUUGGUGUUGUUAUUGACGGCGAUAUUUACGAUCAUUUUCAGUUUGGUGCCAGGAAAGAGGUUAUGA